ACACUUUCAAAGAAGAAAUGAUAAGCAAACGUACAACUUAGUUCAGAGAAGGAAGUUAUUUAGUCGUGACAUUAUCGAGACAGAAAAAAGUCGCAUUUUUUACAUUCAAAAUUAAAAACUAAAUAUAAAAAACGCUUUCUCAGAAAUAGAAGUUUCACGUUGUAAAUAUAGGAAUAUUUAUACUCAUUAAAAUAAAUCAUGGCCGCUGCAACAAGUCGAGGCGCAGAUUUUAGAGCUCAACGAUCACAAACAAAGUCACACGGAUGGUUGAAGCAUAUUGGGAAGCUUGGCUUUCCAGCUCAAAUGCUUUUAAAAAUUUACCAGAUUUCUGUAGUUUAUUGGGAUUUGGUGUUCCUAGGAAUUCUUUCAUAUAAGGAACUCGUCAUGUCUUUUGUUUACAUCUUAUUGCCCCUUUCAAAAAAGAGCUUAAGCAAUGAAAUAAUCGUUAUUGUGGGAUCAUCAAGAGGUUUGGGACGUGAAAUAGCAUUUAAAAUUGGAAAUCUAGGAUCAAUUGCUGUUUGUAUAGACAUACAACCAAUAGAUCAGGAAACGACCUCAAAACGUUUAAGAGAAGCUGGUUUGUCAGCAUUUUACUAUCAAUGUGAUAUUACCAGCAAAGAUCAAGUGGAAAGAACAAUAACAAUGAUCGAAAGAGAAGUUGGUGACAUCUCCAUGUUGUACCAUUGCUGUUCAUUGCCUUCUCCUCGAUCUGUUGUCAACAAUCCACCAACGGUCAAGCAAACGAUCGAUGUUUCAGUCACUUCCUACUUCUAUCUCCUCGAAUCAAUUUUACCUCAUAUGAAAGCGAAGGGAAAAGGUCACAUCGUCUUCCUUACAUCAGUUGCAGCCAUAAGUGGAUUCACACAACAGCUUGCUUUGAGUGUAUCGCAGUUUGCGAUUCAAGGAUUAUAUGAGUCAGUUGUCGAAGAGUUACGAGUUGCAAAGCUUGACAAAGCGAUCAAGACAACAUUAGUUCAUAUUUAUCCAUUUAUCGUAAGUGAGAAUCUUGAAAACGACAUAAGGCUUAGGGUUCCUGGUUUCUUCGGUUCAAUUCGUGCUGAUAAAGCUGCUGAGGCAAUUCUUGAUGGAGUUAGGAAAAACAAAACUGAAAUAAGCAUUCCAAAAUAUUGUCUUUUCAUCAGUCAUGUUUUGAAAAUCUUUCCCCGACGUAUCACACUCAUGAUCCGAGAUUUUCUUGAUACCGGCGUGGAUUUUUAAGACUGUUCCACUCACAAUUUUGUGACACUUUAAAUUAUUAUAGUUCUUUUCAAUGUCACUGGAAGUUAAUUUUAUUAAUAACGAAGAAUGAAUUGGGUUCAUCAAAUCAUUAAGAAAGGAAAUGUAUAAGCUUUAAAUAUUUUUAAAUAAAAAGUUUUCAGCACAAUCUUGAGUUGUUCAUUUUUUAAAAUUAUUUUAUUCAUUUAAUAAAAGAAAACUGAUAAAUUGUUAUAAAAACUUAAAAA